GUUGGGGAUUUUUAUAUGGAGAAAUCCGCACCACACACGAGUCCACCAACGUGGGAGUCAAACGUGGUCAUACCAAUUACACACCCACCCACCUAUUUAAACUCUCUUACGACACUUCAAUCGCCCUAUAAAAAACAUCACUCUCGCUUAGCCUCCUUCUUCUUCUUCCUAACAAACCAUCUCCCAGGUAGUAAUAUUAAGAUCGAAAUGGUGAUGAUGGGGCUGGAGAGGCUGGUGGUGAGCUUGAAGACGAAGCUGAGGCGGAGCGUGAAGACGAAGAACAAUUCAUCGUACGACAAGAUCGAGAAGAGCGACAGCAUGCGAGUUGAAAUACGAAGCAGGAAAGCUCAGAAGCUCAUCCAAGAAACGCUCAAAAUUGCAGAUUCGCCGCACACCAAAAGCUUCCCUUUCUAGAUUCUUCACUACUGUACUGUACUACUCUUUUUUAAGUCUUAAAAACAUACAUAUUAAUGCUACUAUAUAUAUAUAUAAAUCUUUCAAUCAAAACUUCUCUCCUUCAUCCCCUCUCUCAACAUAUAGAUACAUACAUGUGUGUUUGUGUUGUGUAUAAAUGAUCAUUAACACCUGGUGUUUAGUGUUGAGCAUAUAAUAUAAAAUCAAACUAUCAA